AUGAAGUACUUUGUUAUCGCAUUUACUUUGCAAAAACAAUUCGAUUCAUGUGAUAUUCAGCACAUACCUCAAAUUGAGAAUCAAGAAGCAAAUGAUUUGGCUCAAAUUGCUUCUGGUUAUAAGAUGACAAAAGAAAAACUAGAGGAAUUAGUUGAGAUUAAAGAGAAACUAAUUUCAUGUGAGCCAAUGCCCAAUGUGUCGACAACAUCUGAACAGCUGAGGGUAAGUGAGCAAAGUGUCGAAGAAAACCUUGAAGUAGUGGAUUUGCACUUUGAUGAGGUGAUGGCAGAAAUCUUUGUCAUUGAUGACUUAGCUGAUGAUGAUUGGAGGAAACCCAUUGUCAACUACCUGGAGAAUCCAGUAGGUAUAACUGAAAGAAAGGUUAAGUAUAGAGCCUUAAGCUACACAAUCAUUGAGAAUGAAUUAUAUAAGAAAACACCUGAAGGGGUUUUGUUGAAAUGUCUUAAUGAAAAUGAGGCAUAUGUAGCAAUUUCCAAUGUUCAUAGUGGGACAUGUGGCGCCCAUCAAGCAGGCCAUAAGAUGAAAUGCUUUUGUUUCGACAAGGGUUAUAGUGGCCUUCCAUGCUUAAAGAUUGUAUAG